AAAAUCUCGCGGUAUCUGUAUUAUCGCGACCAGAGACUGAGAUGGGAGGCAUACAAAUGUCGGAAAGGCUGAUAGUAAGCUUGCACUUCUGUUUUGCCCGAAUCAAAGGCUGAAUGGUCAACUCUGUCCCUUAAGUGUUGGCAACAUUCAGUAUUAUUGUUUCGAGUUCCCUGUACCAAGUUCCCUGUGACAAUGUGUUCCAGGGCCUGGUCUGAUAAUUCAUCACAAAACGAACUCUGCUUCACUUUUGGAACCUCUGUGUAAUUUUAACUUGCUUUUAGUUUAUUUCUUUGCUCUGUGUACCUCUGUUUGGACCCUCAGACAGUGGCGAGGGGGGGAGGGGGUCACUCCACACCCCCUUUGCUCAGUAUAGCAGUCUGGUCAGUCCUGCAGCCUGAGCAAACAUGUUGUUCUCCCUGCGGGAGCUGGUCCAGUGGCUGGGCUUCGCCACGUUUGAGCUCUUCCUGCACCUUGGCGCUCUCCUCAUCUUCAGCCUGCUGGUGGCGGUGCGAGUUGACUUUGCAGAGGCGAUAAGCUGGUGGCAUGUGUUUGUGCCCCUGUUCACCGCCGAUGGACUGAGCACCUACUUCACGGCUAUUGUGUCGAUCCGGCUGCACCAGGAGGGCGAGCGCCGACUGGCUGUGCUCCGCCUGCUCUGGGUGCUCACCGUGCUCAGCCUCAAGCUAGUGUGCGAGGUGCUGCUCUGCCAGAAGCUCGCCGAUCUGGACCAGGCCCCCAACCUGUGGUUCGGCCUCAUCGUUUCGCCGCUCUUCAUCCUCCUGCAGCUGCUCAUGAUCCGUGCCUGCCGCGUCAACUGAGGGGGCACUACAGGAGGAAGGGCCGGUUGCCCCACUGCUCCCCAGAGCGUAAUGAUUCAAGGAUUCGUUAUGAACCUGAGGAUGGUUGGCCUGACUCCUGGACACCUGCUCUAUUGGCCUUGCUAGCCUGUUGGUUCUGGCUAACCAGAGAUCGAUAACAAUGAUGCUGAAUUUACAAGAAAAAAAGGGGAAAAGAUGUAUUUUCAUGGAUGCCUUUGUUAGCACUCCGUCAGCAAGAAGGGCUGUAGCUGUUUACGCCUUCAGGGCUCUGGUCAGUCUGGUCCAGCAGGGUCUUUAUCAAAACGCUGGCUGCUUUGUCCCAGCCAGUGGGAGACUACAUUGCUGUGUCUUUAUUUUACGUGAAAAUGGACUGGCACAUGAAAUGUAUUCCCUUAUCAAAUGCUGUGUAUCUUGUAAAGUUUGAUCGGCAUAACUAAUUUAAAAACAUACAGGUUGCAUUCAAGAUGCUUGGUAACGACAUCCCAUCUUGAUUUGCCUUCGUCUGUUAUUCAGAUAUCCAUGUUUUACUUGAACAGAAGUUAAUCCGGUUCUGUGGUUUAACUAGUUUUGUUUGCGUCCAACUUUUGUUCAUCUUCCUGUCUGCCUAUCUUUUUUUUUUUUUACUUUUGCUGGUAAAUGUACAAAUUGUAA